GAAAGUAUUUGGCUUCUUUCCAGAUCUGUGCGGCUGGCGAACAACACUUUCUCUCUCCGUGUCUAAAAGGUUCAGAUUACAUUCCGGACUUAAGUCACACCAUGCCUCAGAGCUAAAAUGUUUUUUAUUGUAAUUUAGCUUAGCAUUUUAUGAGCUGACAAAAAAUACAUGAUUUUGACAAAUAAUUUUUUUAACAAAGCUUAUGAUAUCUAAAUCGAAUAAUCUAUAAAAACGCGAUUUAUUUAUCCCUGCUAGACAUAUGUGGCAAGAUGCUAAGGAAGGAUUUUAUUCUGGAUUAACCUCAUCUUUACAGGGAGCAUUAUUAGCCUGAUAGAGUAAUUAAUUUGGCCAUGCCAGAUUGAUAUCGAAGGCAAUCCAAGUACGAACAAAUAUGUGGUUGAUCUGUACUUUUGAUAUCGCAAUAUUACUGCUUAAAAUGUGUUAUAUACUACAUAUUGGCUGCAACGCUCAAUAUGAGAAUGAAGAUGCCGCAUUGUUUUCCCAUGAUGAAAGUGAUAAAGAAAUCUUAGAUGCUCUUUUAUUAAAUUCUAAAUACGACAGGAGAGUACGACCACCUCAAACUCUCACUAAAGUUCACGUAAAUGUUCUAUUACAUUCUCUAUCAUCCCCUGAUGAGUCAAGUUUGAAUUAUGAAGUGGAGUUUCUCCUAAAUAGAAAAUGGGAUGAUCCUCGUCUAAAAUUCAAUGAUAAUGGCCGCCAUAAGUAUCUCAACGGGUUAUCUCACGUUAAUAAUAUUUGGUUGCCCAAUACAUAUAUCGUGAAACAUGGAAAUUUGAAGAACAUCUUACCAGAUAUGAGUCUUAGAAUUUAUAAUAAUGGUACAAUAGUGCAUACUUUGAGAAGAGGAAUAUCAAUCAAUUGCCAAGGAAAUUUAAAAAUAUUUCCAUUUGACAAUCCAAAGUGCCCAUUUGCUAUUGAAAGUGUUGCUUUGGAAGAUGAUGAGAUGCAACUACAGUGGAAUGAAAAUAAUUCUUUGCAACUUGCAACUUCUUUACAAUCAUUUAAUGCUUAUCUCAUUUGGUCAAAAAUAGGAAAUUGUGGUGAAAUGUUCACAUGGAGAGGAAACUACAGCUGUCUUCAUAUAUUGCUUGUUUUUACAAGAGAUAAAAAUUAUUACUUCAGUUCAGUAUUUGUACCAGGAAUGAUUCUUGUAACCAGUGCGUUUAUCAGUUUUUGGUUGGAUAAAGGAGUUGUUCCAGCUCGAGUAAUGAUUGGUGUGACAACUAUGUUGAGUUUCUGUACAACAACAAACAACUUCAGAUCAUCAUUACCCGUGGUGUCUAACCUGACAGCAAUGAACUUAUGGGAUGGUGUUUGUAUGUUCUUUAUAUACAGUUCACUCUUAGAAUUCGUUGUAGUUAAUUACCUAUAUCGAAAACCUUUGCCUGAAAUUCCAAAAGAAUCAGCUCUACAGUAUGUCUGUAGUCAGUGCAAAAAGACAAGAGAAGAAACUGAAGAUUCAGACCAAAAAGAAAAGAGUGAAAAGAAAGAAAGUUCUAAAUUUGCAUGGAUCAGAGCACAUGAAUCAAAAUUCUCGAGAAUGACUUCACGAGAAUUGUCAUUUAAAAUAGAAAGUAUUGCUAAAAUCUUAUUUCCUAGUCUCUUCACGAUAUUUGUUUGUCUGUAUUUCAUUGUAUUUGCCGGUAUAUUACCUCAUAAUAAUGAAAAUUGGGAAAUACAACCAUCAGCAAAAUCUCCCGAACGAUUUUAAAGUAAAUAUUUAUAGCUAGAUUGAAAUUCAGAAAAUGCUUUAUUUUUAAAAUUUCAUUGAAAUUAUUCGAAAAUCUCUGGCUAUAUAAGAAGAAAAAUCCAAGGGAAAUGCAACAAUUCUUAUUCUGAUUAUUUUCAAGUGGUAAUAACUGUUCGAAAAACAUCAUUAAAAGUUCAAUGUUUUUCAUGCGUGCCUAAAUUUAAAAAAAUAGAUUGAAUUGCUCGUAUAAGGUGAAGCACUUCCCCGCAAUAGACAAUUGUCAGCCAAUAGUAUCAUACAGAUUAACUCUUUGACGCAGAAGGGAUACCGGUAUCACUUUAAUAUAUUUUUUUUUCGACGUUCUAAUUACAUGUAAAAAUAUAUUUAGCCAUUUUUUAAUAAUAAAAAACAGUCUAAUAACUAAUGAGAAAGAUCUGUAAGAUUAUCGGAAUUAUAUUUGUUUAUAUUUGUACUAAAAUAUAAAAUCCAAAAAAAGUAAUUUAAAAACUAUUUUCCAUUCAUACUAAAAAAUGUAUCAAUAAUUAAUUUAGUAAAUUAAAGAAAUUUCUAUGAUGAACUACGUAUAGCUUGGAUCUAAAUAAGAGCAGAUUUAAAAAAUUAUUGUCUGGAAGUGAGCCAUGUUUAAAAACUUUUACCUUUAACGUAGAAAAAGGCACCGGUGUUUCAUGUUGUAUUUCAUAAACAUACAUUAUUAAAAUGCUAAAUAUAAUAUUUUUCACUUAUUUUUACCUAAAUUAAUGCAAAACAAUGAAAAACGUAUGAAAAAUAUGUUUAAUAAAAAUUCUGCGUCAAAGGGUUAAGUAUCUACAAUUUCAAGAUCAACGAUAUGGUUAGCAUUGCUCACCAGCCACCUUUACUUUCUUCUGGGCGGAUUCGCAUUAAAAUAGGCCAUUUUAUGACUGGAAAACACUUAAAAUUUUUAAUAUAAGCGUAUUUUCUAUAACUCCAGUUUCUUUCAAAUUUUGAAGUAGAAAAUUACACAGGGACAUGCCCCAUACUUAAAAUUUUUUAAUAACUUUCAAGCAAAUAAAUUUUAAAAUUCUGUGUGGAAAGGUUCGCGUUUUUUUUCUUCCGUGAUAUAAAAAAAACUUCAGACCUAGUAGACAGUUUAGAGAGAUCGAACUUUGAACGCUCGAUAAAUUAAACUAUGAUUGUCAUAUUUUCCAUAUUUCUGUUGCAAACUAUACUAUCAGUGUCAUAUUUUUUUAAUUUCAAGCAGAUACAGACUAAACUACUUGUGUCAUACUUCCCGAAUUCCUUAUUUCCGAUUAUUUAAUUCUAAUUCUUCAGAAAAACAGUAUUUAUUUUUAAUUAGUAUGUUUUCUGGUCUGAUUGAGUCUCUGAUCGGAUCCCCACGUUCUAGAACUCUAAAGAACUUUAAUAAAGAAAUGAAUGAGCUUUAAUAAAGAAAUGAAUGAGCUUUAAUAAAGAAAUGAAUGAGCUUUAAUAAAAUAAUACACAAAAAAUUUAAACCGUUAAGACGACAAAUGUUAAAAAUGUAAUCAUUUCUUGCUUAAAAUUUUAACUGAUCAAAAUUGAUAAAAAUUUAACAAACAACAUUCUUUUAUUCUCAAUUUGUUGCAUUUCCCUGAAGUCCAGCUUAAUAUCCAAAUUCCUGAAAAUCGAAAUUUAAUUCUACCGUAGUCACUUUUUUAAAAUGAAAAAGAAGUAGCAGUCUUUCAAAUUCUAAUAAUCCAUCUCAAACUUAUGGAGCGAAUUUAAAUAUGAUAAGAACAUUUUUGAAAUUCUUUUUUCGCCUCUAGGUGAUUCUCAGAAAAUUACGAUUCAAAAGAAGUGUUAAAAUUCAAUUUUCUCUGAAUAAUAAUAACAGCUUUAGCUUUUCUUGGACAUUAAAAAUUUAGAAAUAAAAUCAUCAGAAAUAACUUUACCGAUUUAUCUCCAUUGCUUGAGACAAUGUCAUGGAACUAAUGUAGCGACUCAUUUAAAUAGUGAACAAUCUAUUCUAAAUAGCAAACAAUUUAAACAGUUAAAAUUUCCUUAUGAAUAAUCUUAUCUUACCAAUGUAAUCACAAUAUGGCUUGAAUGCACCCAAUUUAUAAUGUUUGACUUCAGAUAAUUAGUAAUUAAAAACUUCAUUUAUUCAUAUGACAUACUUAAUAUAGUCACUCUUAAAAUGGAUGAUGGCAUAUUUAUUUGUAUUAUAAAAAAUAUUUCAGUUCAUGUAAGUUAAUUAUGAGCAUGACAAUUUGAAUGUAAAUAUAUUGUACAUUUUGAUUGUAAUAUAAGUUUUGAAUGUCACCUGCUAAUAAAUUGUAUACGGUUUGUUAAUAAAAUCCUUGAUAUUAAGUGUAAUUAAA